AUGAUCUCCAGUUCUCUUCUCCCGCGGCGAUUCCGCGGUGAGCCCGCCCUCGCUCACAGCAGUUCGCCCAGCUGGCUCAACAAGAGGAUUACGCCUGUCCUGCAGUUCGUCUCCCACAUCGCCUACUCACACCCCAUCCACUUCGUCGUCCUCGUCGCCGUUCUUGCCAGCACCUCCUAUGUCGGCCUGAUUCAGCAGAACCUUUUCGAGGGCGACGCCAGUGCCGGCAAGGCCGACUGGUCCUCGCUCGUCGAGGGUAGCAGGAACCUCCUGGUCGGCCCCGACACCAACUGGAAGUGGCAGCCCGUCGAGAAGGACGCCGAUGUCGCCAGCGAUGUCGACCAGCUCGCCCUCCUGACCCUGGUCUUCCCCGAUACCCUCUCGAGCGACUCGCCCAGCACCGCGCCCCUGUCGCAUGCCGUCCCGACCCCCGACAACCUGUCCAUCACGCCUCUGCCCUCGACCGAGAACCCCUUGACCACCUACACCCAGGACAGCAUCCUCACCUUCUCCCUACCCAUAACUGAGGCCCCCGAGUUCGUCCUGGCCACCCGAGAGAUCCCCAGCGACGAGGCCGAGGAGGCUGAGAUGGGCCACGGCCGCGAGAAGAAGAUGUGGAUCAUGAAGGCUGCCAAGGUUGGCGCCCGCAGCAGCAUUGUCCACUGGGCCAAGAAUGCCUUUUCCGAGUUCCUCGACCUCCUCAAGAACGCCGAGACCCUCGACAUCUUCAUCAUGUUCCUCGGUUACCUGUCGAUGCACCUGACGUUUGUGUCGCUCUUCGUGUCUAUGCGCAGGAUGGGCUCCAACUUUUGGCUUGCUAUGAGCACCCUCUUCUCCUCCGUCUUUGCCUUCAUCUUCGGCCUCGCCGUCACCACCAAGCUCGGCGUCCCCAUCAGCGUCAUACUCUUGUCCGAGGGUCUCCCCUUCCUCGUCGUCACCGUCGGGUUCGAGAAGAACAUUGCCCUGACCAAGGCCGUCCUCACCCACGCCAUCGAGCACCGUCGCCAUCAGAACAAGGAGUCCAAGGAACGGGCUGCCAAGGGCCAGAAGCGCCCCGCCCAGCGUCUCAUCCAGCACGACAUCCAGGCUGCCAUCAAGGACCAGGGUGCCGAAAUCCUCCGCGACUACGUCAUCGAGAUCUUCAUCCUCGUCCUUGGUGUCGUCUCAGGCGUCCAGGGUGGUCUCCAGCAGUUCUGCUUCCUCGCCGCCUGGAUCCUCUUCUUCGACUGCCUCCUCCUCUUCACCUUCUACACUGCCAUCCUCAGCAUCAAGCUCGAGAUCAACCGCAUCAAGCGUCACGUCGAGCUGCGUGCUGCUCUCGAGGCCGAUGGCCUGAGCCGCCGGACCGCCGAGAACGUUGCCAAGAGCGAGGACGAGGACAAGGACGCCAAGGAGUCAACCUUGUUUGGCCGCCAGAUGAAGAGCAGCAGCGUCCCCAAGUUCAAGGUCAUCAUGAUCUCUGGGUUCGUCCUCGUCAACCUCGUGAACUUCUGUACCAUCCCAUUCCGCAGCCCCAGCUCGCUGUCCACGAUAAGGUCCUGGGCCGGCGGUCUGGGCGGUGUCCUUUCCAGCCCCCCCGUCGAUCCCUUCAAGGUGGCCUCCAACGGUCUCGAUACCAUACUCAACGCCGCCAAGGAGAAGGGCACCUCUGCCCUCGUCACCGUCCUCACCCCUAUCAAGUACGAGCUCGAGUUCCCCUCGGUGCACUACGCUCUGACGUCGCCGCUCAGCGGCAGCUCCGGUGGUUUUGCCGGCUUCGCUGGUCUGGCCCAUCUUGACGAGUAUGGCAUGGGUGUCCGCAUGGUUGGCAGCCUGCUCAAGAGUCUCGAGGACCCUGUCCUCUCCAAGUGGAUCUUUGUCGCCCUGGCUCUGAGCGUCGGCCUCAACGGUUACCUGUUCAACGUUGCCAAGACAGGCAUCAAGGAUGCCCCCGAGGGUGCCAUUGACCGCGACGACCUGGCCAAUGCCGAGAGGUUCAACGAGCCUGGUGCCGCCGCCGCCUUGGCCCCCGGCGAGUACGUCCCCCCGCCCACCCCCCAGCGUACCGAGCCUGCCACGCCCGCGGCUGUCUCGGAGGAUGAGUCGGACUCCCUGUCCAAGUCGGUCGAGUCGGAGAUUCUGCGCAGCAACGAGGUGCUCGAGGCCCUCCUGGCCGACAAGCGUGCCCACGAGCUGACGGACGAGGAGGCCGUCAGCAUGGCUAUGCGUGGAAAGAUCCCCGGCUAUGCUCUGGAGAAGACACUCAAGGACUACACCCGCGCAGUCAAGGUCAGGAGGGCCAUCAUCUCGCGCAACAAGGCCACGUCGACCGUCACCGGCUCGCUCGAGGGUUCCAAGCUCCCAUACAGGGGCUACAACUGGGAGCGGGUCUUUGGUGCCUGCUGCGAGAACGUUAUCGGAUACAUGCCUCUCCCCGUCGGUGUCGCCGGUCCCCUUGUGAUUGACGGCAAGAGCUACUUCAUCCCGAUGGCUACGACGGAGGGCGUCCUGGUUGCCAGUACCAGCCGUGGCUGCAAGGCCAUCAACUCUGGCGGCGGCGCCGUUACGGUCCUCACCGGUGACGGCAUGACCCGCGGUCCCUGCGUCAGCUUCGACACGCUCGAGCGUGCCGGUGCCGCUAAGCUCUGGUUGGAUUCCGAGGAGGGCCAGAAGGUGAUGAAAGAUGCUUUCAACUCGACCAGCCGCUUCGCCCGCCUUCAGUCGAUGAAGACGGCUCUGACGGGCACCAACCUGUACAUUCGGUUCAAGACUACGACGGGAGACGCCAUGGGCAUGAACAUGAUUUCCAAGGGUGUCGAGCACGCCCUCGACGUCAUGGCCAAUGACGGCGGCUUCCCCGACAUGGUGAUCGUGUCCGUCUCUGGUAACUACUGCACUGACAAGAAGCCGUCUGCGCUCAACUGGGUCGACGGACGUGGCAAGAGCGUCGUGGCAGAGGCCAUCAUCCCCGGCGAGGUGGUCAAGAGCGUUCUCAAGACUGAUGUCGACACUCUCGUCGAGCUCAACAUCAACAAGAACCUGAUCGGCUCAGCCAUGGCUGGAUCGAUUGGCGGUUUCAACGCUCACGCUUCCAACAUCGUUGCCGCCAUCUUCAUCGCCACUGGUCAGGACCCUGCUCAGGUCGUUGAAGGCUCCAACUGCAUCACGACCAUGAGGAACCUUCGCGGUUCUCUGCAGAUCGCCGUGUCCAUGCCCUCGAUCGAGGUUGGGACCUUGGGUGGUGGGACGAUUCUUGAGCCACAGAGUGCCAUGCUUGACAUGCUCGGUAUCCGCGGCUCGCACCCGUCGGAGCCCGGAGAGAAUGCCCGGCGCCUGGCUCGCAUCAUCGCCGCGGCCACCAUGGCCGGUGAGCUGUCGCUGUGCGGUGCCCUCGCGGCCGGCCACCUGGUCAGGGCGCACAUGGCGCACAACCGCAGCGCCGCGCCCUCGAGAACUACGACGCCCGCCCCCGCUGGUGCUUCGGCACCGGCUGGCCUUUCCAUGACUAAUGUAUCUGCCGCUUCUCAGAGG